AUGGUCGAAAUAUCUACAGACUUAGAUCCUCUUCUAACAAUCAAUUUACAUCCGAGACACGCUGGUCAUAGUCACACAGUUAAUAUUAAAUAUGGAUAUUUUAUUAUAUUUUUAUCAGGACUACAAAUCAUAGCAUCUCAGACAUUCAAGUAUUUGUAUUUGAAAAAAUGGAGUCAAUCAGGUAGUAAUAUAAAUAUUUGGAAAAAAUUUAUGGCAAUUCCAGUAUGGGUUAUAGUAAUUAUCUGGACUCUUAUUUAUAUGAUAUUAUUUCCAUUUCAUAUUGAAGAAUGGUCUGAAAAUUAUAUAACAUCUUUCAAAAGAUCAGGGAGAAUAGCAUAUGCUUUAAUUCCCUUAAAUAUAUUUUUGGUAUUGAGACCUUCAAAUAUUAUAGGGUUAAAAAUAGGAUAUUAUUUGGAAACUUUAAAUCUUCAUAAAUGGAUAUCAAGAUUAAUAGUAUUGGCUUCUCUUGUUCAUGGUAGUGGAUUUGCUUAUAAAUGGAUUUUGGAAGGUACCCUUAUAGAAAAAUCUUUUAGAUUAUUGAAUUUCCUUGGUAUUGGUGUUGCCUUCUUUGCUUUCAUAUUGGGUAUUAUUUCAAUUAGACCAUUAAGACAAAAGUUUUAUCAAUUGUUUUACAUAUGGCAUGAUUUAACCGCAUGGUUAUUUGUCGUUUUAAUUGCAUUUCAUGCUAGACCGGGUGUAUCAUGGAUAACUGGAAUUAAUAUACUAUUAUUAGUUUAUCAAAUUUAUCAAAGGGUUUUCAAAGCUGUUUACAUUCAGAAUAUUCAAGUGAUUGGUAGUAAAAAUAGCUCAUUACAAAUCGUUAGAAUUGCUAAACCAUCAGAGUUCACAGCCACAUACUUACCUGGAUCACACAUCAGAUUGACUUAUUCCAAUUUAAACUAUAAAUCUUGGCUCUUACCAACUCAUCCUUUUACUGUAGUCUCAUCGAACGAUUCACCUAACAUUGAAUUGAUAAUGAAGCCAACUACAAAAUUUAGACUUGAGACAUCCCUAAUUUAUUCAUUGACUGGACCCUUUCCAUCUCUUUCACCGCAAUUUUUUGAUACAGUUCAGAAUUUGAAUAUAAUUUGUGGAGGAUCAGGUAUAUCGUUUGGAAUACCAGUUUUCAAGUUUUUAUCCCAAUCUACUACCAUUCGUUCAUUGAAUUUAAUUUGGUGCGUUAGGAAUAGAAGAGAUAUUAAGAUAUUAGAACACUUUUUUGAUAGAAUUCCCCAUAAUUUGCAUAUUUAUGUAACUGGAGGUACUUCAAAAGAUGAAACUUUAUUUGAUGAAGAAGCUGAAGAAUUAUUAUUUGAGAGUGCAUCAAGCAGAGGUGAAACUGAUGAGAUAGAAUUAGAAGAUUUAUCUUCAUCUGAAGAUGAUAAAGAGCUUAAAAACUCCUUUGGUAAUAUAAGGUAUGAGAGACCCAAUUUUGAUGAAUCUUUCUCUAGUUUCCAUAAUGCAGGGGAUGUUGAUAAGCAAUGGUUAAUAGCUUGUGGUCCACGUGAAUUGAUUAAUGACUCUCAAGCAUGGGCUAUAAGAAAUAACGUUCAAUUCUUUUCUGAAUUAUAUGAGAUGUAA